GCAUGGAGGAGGAUAUUAUUCCCGCACUUCACCAGUGUCUCGGCAUGUCUGCUGGAGCAGAGUUUUCCACUGAAGACAUUAGUCUUCUCUUCUGCAAAGUGUUUCAUGUGCCCUCGAGCAAAAGUGAAGCUGAUGCAGCCAUGAAAAAGGUUGCAGGAGGAGACAAAAGCUGGUCCUGUACAUGUGCAAAUGUUUUGGAUGUGCUCCUUGAAAUGGAAAGGGCAAAGGAAAAGAAUGAAAUGCUUUACUGGGACUGCCAGCUUCUUAAUAGUGGAAAUCUUCAUCAGAUGCUGCAAAAGUUGCCCCAAAGAAACGACUCAGAGUUUUUAAGAAAUGCUUUCAACUCUGUGUCAGGACUCCCACAGCCACAAACAGCUGAAAUAGACAUUUUCCAGAGUGAGAAAGUGCUGGAAAAAAAGCAGCUCUGCCAAAAAGCAACAAGCUUGAAGAGUCUCCAAAAAGCCGUCAAGCAGUGCUGGGCCAGACUGGCAUCAGAGGGUGUUAGCAGCAUUUUGCCCUCCCCCUUGUGUAGCCAAAGGUUGGGCCUCAGGGGUCAGGCAUGGGGCUCUGUCUCCUUGUCGGAUGUCAUCCUUCUGGUGGAAGUGAAAUAUGAUGUGGUGACUCACUUGCUAUACACAGAAAUGCUUCAAGAGCACUACACCCAGAGUGUUUGGGAGAUGCUGCUUCCCUGGCAACAGGGAAAGGAAGUGGAGGCACUGGAAACUAUGGCGGAGGAAGUUUUGCAGUCUGCUGACAUGCUGGGCUUGGUUUUCCUGCCUGGAGCGUUCAGGAUAUACAAAACAAGAUGUUCAGAGUUACGGGAAGAAUCCUGUUCAGCUGUUGCUCUCCUGAAUGAGUUGCACACUUUUUGUCAACAAGAACAAAAUCAGCUGACACUCCUGGGUCAAAGAUUGUGUGACAAAAGUUUGAGGCUUUUGUGUCUCCAUGCCCUUCUGGCGAUUUACAGAACUCAGAGGGAAAAACAAUCUCACAGCGCUCUGCUGGCAUCUCGUCAAUCCUGGGAGUCAUGGCCACAGGUCCUCAGUCCGUGUAGAGCAGAAUAUGUCACUCUGCUGCUACAGAAUGAAGACAAAGGAGAGGAAGGAAAAGAGGACUUUGAGACAUCACAGAGGAGGACCGAGCUACAGCUACUUGUGCUGACUCAGGAAAAGGAGAGGAAGCAUCUGCUCACGUUGCUGCACAGGAUCUCCCUAGAGGAUUUACAAGAGGCAAGCUGCGCAAUUCCUCCAAAAGAUAAUGGUGGCUUUGAUGCUGAUCGAACCUCCUUGAGGGCUGGAUGUAUGAAAAGACUGAAACAAAUCCAUGCUAAGCUCCAGACACAGAAUGGAAGCGAGAACAACUCAAAGCAAACCAGCAUUCAGAUGGACACGCAGGGAAAACGGUCACAAUCUCUGCUAGAGGACUGCAAGCUGCUCCUUCUGAUGCAUCUGAUGGAGCUUCAGGAGGGCCAGGCUUUAGCGCUGCUGCAAGUGCUCCUACACCGGGAUUCACAGGCUGCCCAAGCUCUGAGAGAAAAAUAUGAAGCUGAAUUACAAACCCGACGCUUCCCCAACCUGCUCAAUCUCCUGAUGUCAGACGAUCCUCUAAUCUCCGGCUCUAUGUUGGUUGAAAACAUCAACGAUGAGCAGGUCACGCCUGAAUCAUCCUGCACAGGAGAAGUUGAAAACAUUUAUGCGGCAUCAGUUCCCACUGCAACUACUGACUUAACUAAUGAACCCAGCAGGGACCCAACUGCUGGAGGUUCUGCUAAACAGGACGUCUGCUCAGGUUGUGGGGCGAUCAUGGAGGAGCUACCCUAUUUGGAGAUCCUGUGUGUGCCUGAUGCACAGGCCAAUGCUCCAACUCCAGAGGCUGGAGCAGGUAGGGAAGAAGAAAUAAACGCAAACCUGGAGAGUUUUGAUAAACAGGGAUCCUUGAUCCCCCUCGCUUGGAGCAAACCUCCUGAGGAUGAUGCGGAGGGAGUUGGAGAAGCUGAAAAGUAUCAGGACACCCUGAGCAGGCUAGGAAUCCAAGGCCAGUCCACACAAUGUGAAGAGGCGGAUCAGAGGAGAGACAGCAAAGAGGUGGACACUCUGGCUCAGUAUGAUGCACAGUUUGCAGAUCAGCAGUUGAAGAAAGUAGAGAAUCCAAUCCCAGACCAACCAAGUGAAGGAGAAGCUGCAACUGAAAUUGAUCCACGCUCACUUGCAGAGAACCUGCUGGAGGUGCAGCCGAGUGUUUCUAGUGAUUCCUUCGGCUGCAUUGCUGAUGGAGCAUCUGGUCACACAGUCAGCACCAGCAGAGAGAUGACCGAGUCUGAACUCUGGGACAUCAGAGGGUCGGAACUCUCUGAUAACGAGGAAAUGAUUCAUUCUCAAGAAUCAACACAGAUAGCAUCCAGUCUCUCUGGAAGAACCACAUUGUUGGAAACGGAUCAAUUGGAACGGCAAGAACCGAUGUCAGCAGUGGAAAGAGAGAGAACAAUGCGCAGCCUGGUGGACAUGCAGAGAAAGUUUGAACAGAAACACCAAAGAGACAAAGAGAGACAGAUGUUCAGGGUUCAGGAACGUCUCUCCAUCAUCCUCAACAGAAAAGCAGAAGAAGACUUGCUUGGCCUUAAGCACACGGACAGGCUAAAGCAUCUCACUCAAGAUCUACCGCUGGAGGAUAAGACUCAGCAGAAGACUGUUGUUAAAGAGCGACUGGAGCAACUCAGAAGAGAGCGCUCCUAUAUUAUGCAGUCAAAAAGAGACAGGAAUACGACAGGAUUUAAGGAACUUCUAGCUCCUGUUGCUCUGAACAACGAGACAGAAGAUGAAGCAAGCUGAGAUACAGAUGGUUUAAGUCGUUUGGUCCUAUUGUCACUGUUAAUGAAAAUAUUAAAUAUUUUCCUCACAAUGUCACUUUUUUUGCUUUUAUAUAGCAGUUGCAUGGCUCAGAUUACCAAAUUUUAAUAUCAGACAAAGAUAACCUGGGUAAAAUUCAAAAUGCAGUGUUCAAUAGAUUUUUUUUUUUUUUUACUAAGUAAAAACAUGAAAAUGUGCCCCUAAAAAGCCCUUAGUUUUAAAGGCUGCUUGCUUAAAAUUCCAUAAAAUGACAAGUAAAUGAAUGUUAAAUCUCUUUAAAGAAAUGUUGGCUCUCUGUUCUUUCCAUAAUCAUUUUAUUUAUACCACAUUGGAGGGGUUUUGAGUAUGCAUACUUCACUUCCAAUUAUUGUUUAACAAUUCAGAGGUGGACUUGCUGGUGUGCUUUGAUGUUAUUUUGUUGAACAGAAUUCAUUGCCUGACAGGUUACAGCCAAUCGUUAAGGCAGCCACACACCUGCAGACCACCACACACCACUGUUUAACUGUUAGGAUGAGCUUUUUCUAAAAUGAUGUGUUCAGGUGAGUCACAUUCCAAAAGGUUCCACUUUUUGAUUCAUCAAUCCACAGAUUUUCACGCAAGUCUCAGGGAUCAUCCAGAUGUUUUUGUUUGCCAAAUGUGAGACAGGACUUUGUUCUUUUUAGAGAAAAGGGUAACCGAAGUUACCCUUUUCUCCAGUAAAGAAAAUAUCUGAUGUUGUGUAUUCAGAUCAUCUUUGAGGAUAAAUUCAGUUUAAAGAUCUGAUGCAUUUAAGUUUUACCAAAGAAGCAAGAAAAAAAAUCUGUAUGGGGCAAAACUUUUUCAUUUAACUCCGUAAGCAUUUUCAAAGUUCACACCACAUUUGGGUGUAAUUAUUGAUUUAAUUCGAGACUUGUCUCCCUUUCUUUGUAAAACUAAUCAAGUCAGUAGGCUGUGACUGAAUAGACCGAGAUUCACAUGUGCAGUUGUUUAAUAUACAUUUUAAUUAUCACUUUGACAACCAUAAGCAUUAACAAUAAUGAAAUUUCACUAGAACCCCCUUCACCUGUGCACAAUAUCCCAAGAAGCCAAAGUUACAUACACAAUGAGUCAGAGGUGCAUGUAAACAUCCAAGAGUGGCUCCAAUUAACUUUCUUCAUGAGAACAUUUACAUUUAUAAAUUGACCAUUGCUCAAUUCUGUGAGAAAGUGUUGUAGCUGCAGAAUGACACCUCUGUAAAUGUUAAAUGCAUCCAUUGACUGUUUUUAUUUACAGAUAUGAGAAUGAAAAUGUUGCAUCAUGUGAGGGGACGUUGGUUUGGCUAGUAACCGUACAAUAGGAAGAUGUCUAUACAGAAGGUUGAGUGUGUGCCAAGCAGUUUUCCUACAAUGCAGUCCAAGUAAGAAGAGGGAAAUAAGUACAUUUUAGAUUUUCUACAAACACUUACAUUUUUCAUCCUCCUCUCUCUUUAUUUGGUAUCCAAUCUCACUGCAGUUCACCGCAAAGCAGCAACACCAACCAGAGUAAUAAGCUAGAAUAUUCCAAAAAAGCUCCAACACUGAGCCACCGCAUUUAAAACAAAAGUGUCAAGUCUAAUAAUACACAUAACUGCAAGGUUUGUCGUUUCAAACACGCAAACAUUCAUAAAGAAGUUUAUACUCCACUCAAAGGGAAAAAGAACAAUAUUGGUGUGUCAGGUGCUCAGGGCUUUCAAAUCGUUUGCAACGUCUACAAACCUAAAAAAGAAAAAGAAAAA